GACCUUAGCCGGCGAUCAAUGUGUCCUAGAUCGAUUAAUCGAGCCUGGUGGGGAAAAGAGGGAAGUAGAAAAGAGGCGUGGUUUCCAGCAUGAUUAUUAAAGUCACCGCCUGGAUGUGUCAUUGUUUCUAUCACUUUAGAGGUUCAUGCCCGCUGAAGCGCAGCGAGGUGAUCUCCAGAGCGCCAAAACACAAGAUUCCCUCCUCUUUACCCCCCCAUCCCCAACUCCACUUCAAACCACCACCACCUCCUCCUCCUCGUUCCCAAUGGAUGGCACCGCUGACGCCUUCCACAGCCAGGACUGUGGGCCACAUGACGGUGAUGACCACACCUCCACGCCGUGGCCGUGAAGCCUCAGGAUGUAUAAAUGAGGGUGCAAAGGGAGAAGAGGGACCAGAGGCUGACCAGACCAGAGGAAGAUGGAGAUCACCACAGUUAGAUGGGUGCUUGCAGCUGUAGGGUUUCUUCUGUGGAGCAGUGGUGGAUCUGCUGCACCCAUGGAAUGCCACUUCAACUCCAGAGCGCUGUGUGUGUUCGAGGGAAGACACUACUCACUGGGUGAAACCUGGAUGGACAACGCUUGUAUGCAGUGCACCUGUCUGCACCCAGUCGGUGUCGGUUGCUGCGAGACGGUGCAUCGGCCGGUGGACUUCCCUGCGUGGUGUGAGGUGCGGGUGGAGCCAGUGACCUGUAAAGUGUCUCUGGUGCAGGCGGCCGAUCCCCGUCUGCCCUGCUCCCCGGGCGAGGACAUCAAGGACCCGAGUCACGGAUCACUUCAGCUGCAGCAACAGCUCAACGGGUAGAGAGCCACUCAAACUGACGACUAUCUGUUCAGUCUGUUUGCCUGUGAAACCAAUACUCACUACAGUUAAAUGACAGUAGCUACUUUUGUCAUAUACAUACUGUACAAAUAUAAAACAUUAACAGCAUGUAUAAGUUUUAAUCAAUGAAGGAAAUGUGAGCAACAUUUGUCUGUGAAAGUAUAUUUAAGUAAAACUGCAGUAUUUCCCAGCAGAGAAUUUUUUGUUGCAACAUGCAAACAAAUUUUGGAAAUUUAGGCACCCAUCUUCUUUAGAUAAAACUCCUUUGUUUGACAUUAAGGAUUCAAAUUGGCAGUCUGACUGCCUACAGUGGUCCUAAGCCAUAAA